AUGUCUGUUAUUCCCAAAACUCAACUUGCUUCAAUAAUUGAAGCUUUGGGUUCUUUCGAUGUUAUAAAGACUGCAAAAAUUGCAUCACCCCAAAUCACUACUGGAAAUGAUAUAAUCAUUAAGAAUAAAUAUGCUGGUGUUAAUUUUGUUGAUGCUUAUUAUAGAAAUGGUACUUAUCCAGUAGCCGAAUUACCAUUUACUUUAGGUCAAGAAGCCAGUGGUGUUGUAGUUGCAAUUGGUGAGGAAGUUAAUAAAUAUAAAGUGGGUGAUAAUGUCGCUUAUCUUGGUUCCAAGACUUUUGCUCAAUAUACUAAACUUAAUGAUAAAUCAAGUAUUGUUAAAUUAGAUAAAGAAUUAUCCGAACAAGAAUUUAAAUUUUAUGGUGGUGCUUUAUUACAAGGGUUAACUGCGUUAACAUUUAUUUCUGAAUCUUAUAAUGUUAAGAAAGAUGAUUUUAUUUUAGUUUGGGCCGCUUCAGGUGGUACAGGAAGUAUUUUAGUUCAAUUAGCUUCUCUAAGAGGAGCUAAAGUCAUUGCUAUUGCAUCGACAUCGGAAAAAUUAUCUAAAGCUAAGCAAUUAGGUGCUCAAUUUACUAUCAAUUAUAAAACUGAAGAUGUAGCCGCCAGAGUUAAAGAAAUCACUAAUGGACAAGGUGUAGCUGCUGUUUUUGAUUCUAUUGGAAAGUCUACUUUUGAUGUGUCAUUAGAUUCAUUAAGUAGAAAGGGUACAUUUGUAAGUUAUGGAAAUGCAAGUGGUGUGGUUUCACCUUUAACAAUCACUAGAUUAUCUCCAAAAAAUAUUUCUCUUCUUAGACCAAGAAUCGUAGGUUACGUUGAAACUCAACAGGAAUGGGAUCAUUAUACGGGAAUUUUAUUGAAACAUUUAAAAUCUGGUGAUCUUAAAUUAGAUAUUAGUGCUGUUUAUCCUUUAAGUGAAUAUUCAGAAGCUACUGAAGUUUUAGAAAGUGGUCAAACUUCAGGAAAAUUGAUUCUAGAGAUCCCUCAAUAA